CAUGCCCAUACCACCGCCCAUACCACCACCCAUGCCCAUACCACCUCCCAUGCCCAUACCACCACCCAUGCCCAUACCACCUCCCAAGUCCAUACCACCACCCAUGCCCAUACCACCUCCCAAGUCCAUACCACCACUGACGCCCAUAUCACCAACAAUGUACAUACCUGGUCCAAAGUCCAUACCACCACCCAAGUCCAUACUACCACCCAUGUCCAAACCACCACCCAAAUCAAUACCACCUCCCAAGUCCAUACUACCACCCAUGUCCAAACCUCCACCCAAAUCAAUACCACCUCCCAAGUCCAUACCGCCUCCGACGUUCAAACCUCCACCAAGAUCAAUUCCACCUCCUAUGCCCAUACCACCACCAAAGUCCAUACCGCCUCCAAAGUCCAUACCAUCUCCUAG